AAGAAAAAAUUGGUCAUAAUAAACUUAAAAUGUAUGGCAACUAUAAGAAAUAAUAUUUUUCUGCUCGUUGUUGUUAUGUGAUUUGUUUUGAUUUCGUACUGCUUGUUUUGAAUUAGCUUAAUGACAGUUAAUGCGAUAUACGCAAACGAAUGCCUAUAAAAAUUCAAAUGAAGAAAUUUGUAUUGAAUGUUUAAAUUUCAUCAAAAUUGAGAAAUUUGUGGAAUAGUUAAUAUUGAAGAUAUAGUUAGAUUUAGAACUUUGUUCAAAGUAAUUAUGAAGAAUUUGUGGGACAUUGCUGUUGAGCAAUACAAAGAAAAUGAUUUAGCUAAUAGGAACAAAUCAGAUUCAGUUCUCCUCCUCAUUGGCAGUAAAAAGGGAGGAAAAUCAACAAUAUGUUACAAGUUCUUAGAAAGAACUGAAACACCAAAAAAUACUUUAGCUUUGGAAUAUUUAUUUGGAAGAAGAAGUAAAGGAAUUGAAACUGGAAAAGAAAUAUGCCACAUAUGGGAAUUAGGUGGUGGUACAUUAUUCAUGGACCUACUCGAAAUUCCCAUCACUCCUGAAAAUUUGCGAAAUCUCUCUGUUGUACUAGUAUUAGAUCUUUCCAAGCCGGAAGAGCUAUGGUAUACUAUGCAAACACUGUUGGAUGCUGUGAAGAAACGUAUUGAUGAAGUUGUAGCUCUCUCUAAAGACCCGAAUUUAAAACAAUCAUUAUAUGAGCAAGCAAAAAGUUGUAUUCCCAAUGAUCAUGAGGACUUUGAUUCCAUUGAUCCUUUUCCUGUACCUCUACUAAUUAUGGGUUCAAAAUAUGAUCUUUUUCAGACUGAAGAUUUUCAGAAAAGAAAACUUAUCUCUAAAUGUUUACGCUAUGUUGCCCAUUCUAAAGCUGCUACUCUUCAAUUUGUGUCCUCAAAAUCAGAAGCAUUAAUUAACAAAGCUAGAGUGUCAAUUAGUGCAUUGGUAUUUGGAACAACCAGUAGUAAGUCUACAAUUGUUGACUUAAAUAAACCAUUAUAUAUUUGUGCUGGAGCUGAUUCCUUUCAGUCAAUAGGUUCUUUUACUACUUUGAAUGUUGAGAAUAAAUCACUUCCAAAGUCUUUGGAUGCAGUGAAAAACAUUUUUUCUUCUCAUUUUCCUCAAGUAGAAAGUAAAAAUAUUAUUCCUAAUGAUCCUGCUGAAGAUCCCCAUUUUAAAGAGUCUGAUAUUGAUGCAAUGAGGACACAGAAAAAAAAGGAACUUUUGGAGUAUAAAAAUAAAAAACAUCAACGAAGCUUUAAUGAAAUGAAAUAUUAAUUAAACAGAAACAAAAGAAAAUAGAAAGUCAAGUGCACUUAUUCUAGUCAUACUUCAAUUAUUUAUAUUUAUUUUUGUAUUACUUGUAGAUAUAAUACUAUUCUGUCAGUUGAUUUUAUGUAUUUUUUUUUUAAUUACAUUUCAAUAAAUGUCUUUAAAAUUA